GGGCAUUUGGCCACCUAGUGGUAAAGUUAUACGUGCGCAUUAGGCUAUUCACACGACCAUCCUUGGAGCUUUGUUUUCAACUAAAGGAUUAUCUGUGGCUGGUGUACAUAUGUAGUGUGUACUACGACGUUUAUAUAAUUGAAAAUGGCAGCUGUUGCACGAUCAGCGAAAACAGUGAAAAAGCUCGAAAAACCUCGACCAUUGAAAAUAGCUAGCCAGAAAAGAUACUCCACUGUAGAUGGAAAAAUAUCAUCAGUGGAGGAUAUAAUGACUCUUGCAGAGUCUGUAUGUUCUCAGUUAACAAAUGGAAACUGUGACCACCUAUUGCAGUUAAAUGUCGUUAAUCUAUGCGCUAACUUAAAGCAAUAUGGUCAGACACUGGAAGGCGUUUACAAAGAUCAGUUGAAUAGAUGUUUUGUAGCUUUCAGGAAUGGCUGUAAAGAUGAGAAAGUUGACUAUGUGUCUAGAAUUCACCUGUUAGAAAUAAUAGAAUUAAGAGCAAGAAACUGGGUGUCCAGUGACGAUCUGAAUAAUUAUUAUCGUCCUAAACUGAGUGCUGUUGAAGAAGUGCUGCCAGUACCUGAUGCAACAGGACUCUCUCUUUCUCCAACAGCGUUAGCCCACGCAGUCAUUACCCCAACUACACCUCAACCGUCAUUGCUGAAUCCAGGGGAAGUUAUAAAAGCCUCGGGGAAAUUUGCUGAACCAACAAAAAUACCAGGAAAGAAUUAUUGCAAAGAUGAGGUAGUUAUAAGGAACUCGGAUUCGGGAAAAGUUAAUCCUGGUGCAAAGGAGAGGCUGGUGCAGAUAACUGGUCCCAAUGAAGAAAAAAUAAAUUACCCAAAGCAUUUAAUAGAGGACACCAUAAGAUGCAAUGCCUCACCAGUACGUCUCGAGCAUGAAAAAGAAAGGGUUGGUGAUUCAAGUAGCAGCUUAAAUAGUAGUGCAUCAGAUGAAAGCAAUAGACUUUUCACUCUUGGUGGAGGACGAAGUAAACUUUUACAUAGCUUCUCCACCAGUGAUGCAACUUUGGAAUAUAAAUACACGGUGACUGUUGAUGAUCAUACAAUGAAGAUAGCUGGUGCAAAUUUGGAUCUAGUGCUGACUGCUAAACUGAUUUUGGACGAAUUCUUUUAUGGAGAACAAGAACGCCCACAGGUUUCAAAAGAAUGGGAUGAAGGUUCUGAAACAGAAGCAAGUGGUCCACAUGGAGACAUAGUUGAUGCAACUCCAGUAGGAAGCAGUAGAGUGGAUGGGAUUGAUAGUGGUGCAACAAGUGAGAGUGAGGAAACAUACAAAGCUCCUGCUUCCAGCGCAGCUAUGAAACUGGACUCCUCAACUAAUGCAUUUGUAUCAGUGAAAGCAGACACUUCUGCUCAAAUGAAUGUGCUAAGGCACCGGAUAAUGGAAACUUGUGCUAAAGAAACAGAGCUGCCCAGCCGACUAGCAGACGUAGGACUUAAAAGUGGUACAACUUUUUCAUCCACUACAAACAAGCCAUUUUCAAGAGACAGUACCUCUGAUGACAUUAUCAUUAUAGAUCUCACUGAGGAUGGAGAUGAUACAGAUAUAGCAUCACCUGCAUCUCUAGUAACUAACAACUCGAGUGUUAUUCGUUCUCAGAAAGAGCCUUCCUACCUGUAUACACGUGAACAGCUUCUGCGUUUUUCAUUAUCAAAGUGUGUAAAGAACUUGCCAGAUGAUUGGGAAAGGAUCUGCAGAGGAUAUCCAGCAAUAGUAACAAAGCAAGUGAAGGAAUACAAGAUCAGUUUCUCGCAUGCUGUUGCUGCAUGUUAA